AUGAACAAGGAAUUAUUCUUGCAUAUUGUGCAUCGUCUCUCUACAGAAGUCGAGUAUUUUCAACCCGGAGUAGAUGCAACCGGACGAUCGAGUCUAACUCCGCUCCAAAAAUGUACCGCAACAAUUCGUCAAUUGGCGUAUGGUGGUGGUUCCGACACCGUUGACGAAUAUGUCCGAAUUGGUGAAACAACGGCAAGAAGAUGUUUGCACAAUUUUGCCGCGGGAAUAAUCGACUUGUUUGGCGGUGAAUACCUAAGACGUCCCACACCGGAGGAUCUGCAAAGACUACUUUCUAGUGGAGAACAACGUGGGUUUCCAGGGAUGAUUGGAAGCAUCGACUGUAUGCAUUGGGAGUGGAAGAAUUGUCCCACGGCUUGGAAAGGAAUGUAUUCACGAGGAUCCGGAAAACCAACGAUUGUCUUGGAGGCGGUAGCUUCCUAUGACCUCUGGAUAUGGCACGCGUUUUUUGGAGCUCCAGGUACUAUGAACGAUCUUAAUAUUCUCGAUCGAUCACCCGUUUUUGAUGACAUUAUUAACGGAAUAGCGCCACAAGUUAACUUCUAUGUUAAUGGUACUCCAUACCAUUAUGCAUAUUAUCUCACGGAUGGUAUUUAUCCGAAAUGGGCUACAUUUAUUCAAUCUAUCCGACUACCACAAAAUCAGAAGCAUUCAUUAUUUGCUCAAACCCAAGAAGCUGUGAGAAAAGAUGUCGAGCGUGCCUUCGGAGUCCUACAAGCUAGGUUUGCCGUUGUUAGAAAUCCAUCUAAUAUAUGGGAUAAAGAAAAAAUAGGAAAUAUUAUGAGAGCAUGUAUCAUACUCCAUAAUAUGAUUGUCGAAGAUGAACGAGCAUCAAGAACGAAUUACAACGUUGAUGAAUUUGAAGAAGAUGUGCAAACAUUUUCCGUCAAUAUGCCUUCAACUGUCGGGAGUACACUUGAACGUCGAACGAGUGUUCGGAAUAGACAAGUCCAUCAACAUUUAAAAAAUGAUUUGAUUGAAAAUAUAUGGACUAAAUUUGGAAAUCCUUGA